AUGGCGAUAGAGCAAAUCUUUGAGGCUCUACCUCUACACUAUUUGCAGCAUGGCAUCUCCAAGUUUGGUGCUGGCAAUAUCGCCUUGGCAGUCUUCUUGACCGCAUUUUUAGGUGUACUUGCAGAUUAUGCUUGGAUGCUGUAUAUGAGAUCGAAGAUGCCCCCAGGGCCCUUCCCAUACCCCAUCGUUGGCAACACGUUCCAGCUGCCUGACAACAAGCCCUGGAUUUUCUUCGAGGAGCUAUCCAAGAAAUACAACACGCCGCUGAUAACGUAUUGGAUCGGACGUAACCCAACCGUUUGGAUCAACGAUGCAUGGACCGCAAAUGAACUACUCGACAAAAGAGCUGGCAUAUACUGCUCGCGCCCGCGCAUGCUUGUCUUUGCCGAACUCGGAUCUGGCCAAAACAACCUCGUGAACCUGAUCACUACUACGCAGGCGCAGCGGGAGCGGUUCCGGAUGCUACGCAAGGUGACGCACCAGGGCGUUGGCAUCCAGCAGGUGAAGAAGUACCGCGACUUCCAGAAUGAUGAGAGCAAAGUCGUCGCCCUCGAUCUCCUGAGCACCGCCGAAAAUUACGUCGCGCACUUUGAACGCUACGCGACCAGUGUGGUCUCUAUCAUCGGCUUUGGCAGACGCGUUGCGAGCCACGAAGAUCCAAUCAUCACCGAGGUCAUCGCGUUGAUGCAUCGAGCAGCUGAUCUGAACGUACCGGGCAAGACAUUCCCUAUGCUGAUGGAAACCUUUCCGAUUCUUGCUCGCGUACCUACAGAAUAUGCGCCAUGGAAGCACGGCAUGGGAUCGAAGAAGAAGUCAUCCCGCGGCCAUGACUUCUUUUAUUCGCUCGCCAGAGAAGCAAACGAGAAGCCAGGACACGAAGACUGCUAUUCAAAGAUGUUGUUUCGCGAGCAGGAGAAAUACGGUCUCAAUCACAAGGAGAUUUCGGCAUUAACUGGUAACUUGUUCGGCGCGGGGUCCGACACAUCAAGUAGUACGCUCAUCACCGCUGUUCUCGCCAUGCGAGCUUUCCCAGAAACUAUGCAGGCCGCGUGGGAAGAAUUAGAUCGCGUUGUCGGAGAGGACCGUAGCCCUUCAUUCGAAGACGAUGCAAACCUGCCUUAUAUGCGAGCAUUUGUAAAGGAAGUGUUCCGAUGGCGAUCAGUAGCCAUCAUUGGUGGACAACCGCACGCUCCAGUUCAGGACGAUUACUACAACGGUUAUCUGAUCCCGCAAUCAGCAUGGGUACAGGGCAACGUCUGGGCGAUACACCAUAACGAGCGUGACUUUCCUGAACCCGACCGUUUCAACCCGAACCGCUUCUUGAAGGACCAUCCUAAUUCGCGACCUUUCCCCGGCGAAAGAGGGUACAUGACAUUUGGUUGGGGUCGUCGAGUGUGCUCAGGUCAGGCACUUGCCGAGCAGGGCACGUGGCUGACGGUGGCGCGAUUGGUAUGGGGCUUCAGGAUCGAGCCAGCACUAGAUGGGAAUGGCAAGCCUAUCCCGGUCGACAUAUUUGACUACACCAACGGUUUAAAUAUGCGACCGCAGCCGUUCAAAGUGAGCCUAAAGCCACGGACCGAGAGGAUACGUCAAGCUAUCGUAAGAGAGGGCGAACAGGCAUUGGCAGACCUCGCGCAAUAUGAAGGUGAAACAAAGUAUCGCAUGAGUACAUUCCACAAGAAAUAG